AUGUUCGCUCUCAUCAUCGGAGUUCAUGUGUACCAGAACCCGAGCACCAUCAUGCAACCGUUGCCUGGCGCUUGCGCAGACGUCAAGUCCAUGAAGGCGUUUUUGCUCAGCAGGAACGUUCAAGAAGGGCGCAUUAGGAUGCUUCGCAACAAGGAAGCCACCAACGCUAGGAUCAUCCAAGAGCUGGACAGCCUUGCGAGCAGCGAGGACAUCAAGAGUAACAGCCCUAUCCUCAUUUAUUUUGCAGGGCACGGAACAAGGGCCUUCGCAAGGGGUGGCUCGUCCAAGAUAGAAAUGCUUUGUCCAUACGACUUCAUUCCAGCGGAGAAUGAAGGACGGAAAGAUACAGUCUACGGGAUCCUCGACAUCACGCUCGCCGAACACUUGAACAAGAUUUCUUUAGCGAAAGGCAAUAAUGUCACUGUCGUCCUAGAUUGCUGUCAUUCUGGAUCAGGAACACGCAAGGUCAGAGACUCCGCCACGACGGUUCGCGGUGUCAUGCUCCCUGAGUCUACGCAGGCGGAUAUCCUUGGGACCGGUACUCGCGGAAGCGGCCUGCCCAAGUCAGACGCCGAUCGGGAAUAUACGAAAUCAGCCAAGGAUAGACUUCUCGGGUCAUUCUCACAUGUCCUACUGGCGGCUUGUAGUGCACAACAGUCCAGCAGUGAGGCUCUUGUAGGCGGGAAGUUCACAACCGCUUUGCUCAAAGUCCUUCAAGGGUCGGGGACGGACCAGCUGACGUACAGGAGGCUAAUAGAGAACCUUGAAAGCAUCCCCGAACAAUACCCUCAGUGCGAAGGCUUCAAUAGGGACAGACAUAUCUUCACCACCCAUACCCCCAUCCCCGAGCACAACUUCUACAAGGUCACGCUCUCCCCGAGAACAUACCAGUUCACGUUCGACAGAAGUUCCAGCGUACGAUCCAGGGAUGCAUACGAAAUCUAUGACCGCUCUGUCCUCAUCAAGGGUACCCCGCCGCUUUGCACGGUCACUGUGGACCACAUUAUCGACUCUACCGCCGUGAUCAUCGUAGAACAUACCGACAUUAGCGAACGAACAAAUGCGUUACUCGAUUCGGCCGAGUCAUCGAGAAAAGGCUAUGCCUUGACUCGAACCACAACCUAUCAACUACCUGCUGGAGAAGCAUACGGAAUAGUUGUGGGUUCCAAAUUCAACGUCCACACGCGCUGCGACAUAAAGUCGGGAGUGAUCGGAAGCUUCAUUGCUCAAUCCGUGACAAACCGUACCGCCGUCCUCGUGCAGACAAGGUCUCCCGCCGAUACCAAAGACCCCGCAUCGGUAGCAUGGGGAAUACAGACACAACUAGGCCCAGGAAAGGAGUUCCAUUUGGGCAUUCCGGAAGAGCUCUCGUACAUCGCUAGGAUCGUGGAGGGAAAGCUCCUCGGAAAGUACAAAAACAUUCCCGUCAAAAUCCAUACACCUCCCGGAGACGACACGAAGCUAACAUUGGUGAAGCGCCAUGGCAACACAAUCGCCUUCGAGCAUCACGAAGGUGUGGCCCGAGAAAACGGACAUACGCAUCUUUAUAAACAAGUUCGCUGCGGGCUCGAGAAGCUCACUCCGGCACUCCGUGCCAAUGCUAACUCAGAUCCCGCCAUCAUUGCUAUAUCCGGUGCCGCUGACUUCUUUAUGUACCUCCAUCGCAGCCCUCCGUUAAAUCCUUUCUUCGAGGAGGGUAAGGAGAAGGUCAUCUUGGAGUGCUACGAGCUACUGGACGAUGGGAUCGACCUCAUACCAGAAGACCCUCCGAAAAACCUCAUCAGUAAUCGUAAGCUGGAGUUGGAAGAUAGGCAAGGGGAUCCCCAACCAUAUGGCUUCAGGAUUGUCAAUAAGUCCAAUACCUCUCUCUACGCGGCUCUGUUCUAUUUUGACAUGAGCAGCCUUAGCAUCACAUGCUACCAUCAGCCAGGUGCUGCCAGAGAUGGCCAUGCCGACUACACGGUGCCGGCUCAAGAUUCACUUACGAUCGGUUAUGGACAAGGUGGUGGUGGACUUCCGCGACAAUACCGCGUACGGCAAGGUCAAAGCGUGGACGUCGGCUUUCUGAAGCUCUUUGUUUCUUCGCAGUGGGUAGACUACUCGGGCAUUGCACAAGGGUCACCCUUGGUAGGUGCCAAGCGCCAAGAUUUGGUGCACGAGCGCAAGUCCUCUCCGUGGGAUGCACUUCUUGUGCCGCUGGUACAGCGGACGAACAACGGAGGAACGUAAAAAUGACCGAAUCGUGUCCGCGCCAGUAUCUUCGUUGACGAAGUUUCAAUUUAACUGUGGAAGACAGAAGUGAAGAAGUAUCCUGAUGAUGUACUACUAGUGAUUGGGAACCUAGCACAAAUGUG